AUGCGAGACCGCCUGGCGCCUGCUCCCCCGCCGACAAAUGCCAUCAACGCGGGACCCUAUCUCCACCACUCUGCCCUUGUCACCACCAACAAUCCACUGCUCAGCCAGCCCUCCGCCGGCCUUCAGCUCGAGCAGAGCGGCCUCAAUUGCGGUCCCCGAGAGAGAAACCAAGGAUGCGAUGAAGAAGACCCUGGUCGAGUGUCCGCUGGGGAAAGAGAAUUUGUCGAUGGCGAUGACGGCGGGCAUGGAAGAGUGGUUGUAGGGCGGGCGCUGGCGGCGGAAGAUGGCUUUGGUGAGGCCGACGACAGCGAGGUCGAGGAGGAGGCCGAAGAGCAUAGGACUGAAGAGAGGGAAGAGUGCCGGGGAGAGUGGGGAGAAGAGGAGGGCAAGGCAGAUUGGGAAGGAGAAUCGAAAAUCGAAGGAGUUCUCGAGGAGGAGAAGGUGCGUCAUUGGAAAAUAGGGGUGGAAGAGGCCAGAGGGUGUGGAAGAAGAAUCGAGAACUCCGCCGAUUUUUUUUUAAUGUAG